AUGCAUCAUCUUAAAAAAAUCAUAGCCCUACCAAAUAAUAAAGAUGAAGACUAUUAUGUAGAAUUAUUAUAUGGAGAAUUAGAUAUGACUGCAAGUCAAAGUUUAUCAAUUAAUAUGCAUUCAGAUGAUAAAAUUGUUGAUUUGGCAGCUCAUGCUAAUCAAGCUCUUAAUAUAUCACAUGGUUGUAUUCAAAAAUAUAAAAAUAUAUCUGUUAAUAGUCAGCAAAAUUCUGAUCUAUGGUUUAAGAAAUUAUUGGGAUGUUCUAAAGGAAAUUACUUUACUUUUGGCAUUGUUGGACCCUCGAUACAAGAAGCUUAA